AUGGCGAACGCCACCACGACUAGUCCUCCGCCCUCCCCCUCAUUCAUCAUAUCCUAUCCCGCCCCUUUCGUCCUCCUGGUCACCAUCAAUCGCGAACGGGCUAUGAAUUCCGUCGACACCACCGCCCACUGGCAGGCCGAGUCCAUCUUCGACUGGUACGAUCAGGAACCCUCCCUUCGCGUCGCCAUCAUCACAGGUGCAGGCACAAAAUCCUUCUGCGCCGGCGCCGACCUGAUAGAGCAAGGCAAACUCAACAUGCCGGACCAAGGCGGGCCAGGAGCACCACACAAGGCAGUGCAGAGGUACCCGCCUGGUGGAUUUGCUGGAAUCAGCCUCGCAACACAUCGCAAGAAACCAAUUAUUGCAGCAGUGAAUGGUUAUGCACUCGGGGGCGGCUUCGAGAUUGUCUUGAACUGUGACAUGGUAGUCGCGUCUCCGACAGCAGUAUUCGGGUUACCAGAAGCUGCUCGUGGACUUGCUGCGAACGCUGGGGGGCUGCCACGGCUCAUGCGCCUAUGUGGACUUCAGGUCGCCUCGGAAAUCGCCUUGACGGGUCGAAAACUGUCAGCAGAAGAAGCUCUCCGAUUGAACCUCGUCAACAAGAUUUCACAGACCCAACAUUCACUCGUGCAAGAAGCCGUCGAGCUGGCUGAGCGCGUGGCAAGCUUUUCCCCCGAUGCUAUCAUUGUGUCGAGGUUCGCUAUCCGAGAGGCCUGGCAGCAAGUCAGCGUCGAACAGGCGAAUCGAGUGGCGCAGGACCGGUUCGCCCGGGCUCUAUACAAAGGCGAGAAUGCCCAGAUUGGGUUGGAUGCGUUUGCUCAGAAGAAGGAGCCCAGAUGGCGCCCUUCUAACCUCUAG